AUGGCCAACGAAAAGGACACACCAAUCUAUAGAGUCAUCCGCGUACCCCGAGACUCACCACGCCUCCCCGACCUCGCCGCCAAAUCCCGCGCCGCCCGCCUCCACGCCCUCCACACCGACCCAACCAGCUUCCUCUCCCAGCACGCCACCGAAUCCGCCCUACCCCCCACCGUCUGGCAAACGCGGCUCUCGCACCCCGAAACCGCCAUCCUCAUUGCCGUCGCCACCUGCAGCCCUUCCGCCGCAGACGACGAGACGGUGCUACUCGACAGCGAAUGGGCGGGCUUCGCCGCCGUCCGCGGGCCCAUGAAGUAUGCUGAUUACUAUGUGAGUCCGGACCAAGGGCUCCCUGUUCCGCGGAAUCCGCACGAGGAGGCGCGCUGGCAUGUGUAUGAUGUGUAUACAUUGCCUGCGCAUCGCGGGCGCGGGCUCGCGAAGUGGCUUGCAAAAGGUCUGGGGGCUGAAGGUCCGGGGGCUGAAGGUCUGGAGCUGAAGCAAGCACGCAUCAGGUUGUUCGUGGACCCGCGGAACGCGUGGGUGGUCAAGGUGUAUGAGGGAUUGGGGUUCAGGGCAGCAGGGAGCGCGACGCUGGAAGAGGGGUUCAGGGCGAAUAUGUUGGAGGAGAGUAUUCCGAGGGAUACGAGGGUGAAUGCAGAGGUGGAGAGAUUGUGGCAUGCGCGGUUUGGGUUGGCUAUGGAGAGGAUUGUGAGGGUUUGA